AUGGUUUGGACAACGAGGACAGUCUGGUCCUUGACAGAGCUGAAAGCAAUCACUUUCAGUGUUCUCUUGCCUGAAUCCUUCACGUCUGAAAUCUUGGGAGAAAACUGGAUUGAUCCUGAUCUUCUGGGACGCGCUGGUGUUGGAGACCUGACGAAGGUUGGUGUGAAGAACGUCAAAUGUGACGACUGUGGAACCAGCAGCGAGAGUUGUGUCCUUGAUAACCGGCACAUUCCCAAAGUGCUACAUCUCAUGCUAUGUGGUGAGACUCAAGAAGGCAAGGAUUUCCGUGACGCUUUCAAGACACUGUUGGAAAUGGCAUGGCCUCCAAAUGCUGAGUUUUGGUUGUGCUGCUCCAAAGACCGCACCAAGAUCGAGGCCUGCCUUGAGCCUGACCACGUCUUUGUGCCGCCUGAAGGCAUCCCAAUGGCACCCCACUUUCUCACCACCAAGUUCGAAGCUGGCCAGCAGGAGGCUUUGACUGCCGCACUCAUUUCCAAGAUCAACGUGCAUGGAACUACAUUGAAGAUGGACUUGGCAGGAAGGUUUGACCUUGGUGCUGCUGGGGUACUCACCAUCACCAGGAAUGAGCCAGAUGCCUUCCACCACUACCUUGGCAACGCCUGGGGCAAUGUGUUCUUGGAUUGCAAGGCCAGCCCUGAGGAUCCCUUGUGUGCUGCAGCUGCUGAGGAAGACCACUUUGUCGGUCGCCAUGAGGAGUCUCAUAAUCUUCCAUUGUUCACCUGCAGCGGCGAGAGCAGUUACCCUAUCAAGGCAUCUGGGAAGUCUUGCUCUAGUGAAGACAUGGCCAGUAAUGAGGCUGGUGGAUGCGACUUUGUGGCGGCGGCUGGAGAGUGUGAUGUGGUCUGUGUGGGUGGCAUGUGUGGUACCAACCAGCCCUUUGAAGAGGGACGUGGUUCCAUUAAUGUCCUCUAUGUGUACAUGGAUGAGUACGACGUUGCAGGUUUCGUGAAUGGUCAAAUCCUAGCCAUUGCAAUUCCUGCUGUUCUUGCUCUGCUUCUUGCGACUGGGCUCCGUUGGCUGAACCUCAAAGGCCGCAAUCCCCGAAGCCACAGCGGUGUGGUCUCCGAGGCUUCGAAUGUAAAAGAGUCUGCCCCUUUUCAAGGCACCGAAACUAACGAAUCUGUUGAAAUGGGCGCGUAAGCAAGGUUUUCACAUGUUGAACCCACGACAAGCACUUCUACCGUAAUGAUUUGAGCAGCUGGAGAGGGGCGUGUGACCACAGUUAGUUGCAAAUACUCGCGAUACAAUACCUCAGCAGUAGCCUAAGUUAUUUGAAUAGGUUCCAAAAAGUUAUUG